GAGAACUGAAGAGACAGUGAUAUAUAAUACCACUGCCUCCUCUCCACGACUCCUAGCAAGAACAAACAUUUGGGAGUAGAAAUCUCAUCUCAUCAAAAACCAAACGCUGUAACUCAAAAGGCUCAACCAUGAUCGGCUUCGUUGGCAUUGUUGAAGCAGACAAAAGCUAUGGUGGUGGCUCUUCUGGGAAGAAGAAUCAGCAGGUUGUUGGCUAUGGCAAAAGGGAUGUCGUGCAGAGCUACCCGUACGGGACUGCGGGUCCAGCUGGCAAUCGGGCCACCCAAGUCCGUGAAGUGACGAGCAGGGUGAAGAGUGAGGACAAGAGGACUGGUGGGUAUGAGCGAGUCACAGUGAAAGAGAAGAUGACCAAAGGAGAGACUCAUUUCGAGAGAUCAACAGGGAGGAUUGGCAUUGCAGACGAGUACAAGAAGUCUUCGACUGUCAAGAUUGGGGAUAAGACUGGGUACACUGAAUAUUAUCACGAAGAGAGGGUUCGCAGGGUGAACUAUGAUUGUGGCAAGAGCAGCAACAGGCUUGGGCAAGGCAGUCAAAACACUACCAUUAGUGUCAGCCAUGGCGGUCCAAGACCCGUUGGGAUCAAGAAGAACACUACUAGUAGUGUGACUGUGAACCAUGGGAAGAAUCAGGGCACGAAAGUUACCAUCAACUAUGGGAACAAGAAGAAUUGCAGCAGCUCCGCUGGGAAGCGCAUGUUGAAGUGAAACUAAAUGCUUUUUAUAUUAUGUUCUGCUAUAAUAAUGUUAGCUGUUGUUUUCACAAGCAUCAAUGCACUGCUUUUAUGUUAUGCAACAUACUGUUUUCUCAUGCAUUUUGGCUACACCUAUGUUGUUAAGGUGGUAUUUGUGGUUAUGCAAUCUGUGUUUUUCUUCAUGUUCAACUUGUUUUUAUCUGUUUUCAGUUUUUGGUUUUGUUUGGGAGCAUGGUUGUUAUGUCCAUUUGCCAAGGGACUUAAAAAGUCUUUUUUUUCACAAUUCUUUUUAGCUUAGAGUGAAUAACAGACUAAAUGAAGU